AUGGGACAACGGGUAUCUCAACCAGAAGUCCGAGUCCUUCUCCUGGGUCUGGACAACGCUGGAAAAUCCUCUCUGCUCUACAAACUGAAACACGACAUCAGCGUCAGCACCGUCCCCACCAUCGGCUUCAAUGUGGAAAUGAUUGACGCGAGAAAGAACGGGAAGAACAUCUCCUUAACCGUGUGGGACAUCGGCGGUCAGGGGAAGAUGCGCGAACACUGGCAGAAGUUCCACCAGGACACCGCGGCGGUCGUGUUCGUCGUGGACAGCUCGGACCGGGAUCGUCUGAACGAGGCGCGCAAGGAGCUGGAGAACACCCUGAAGAGCAACCAGCUGCGUGGCCGACCGCUGGUUCUUCUCGCCAACAAACAGGAUGUGAACGGCGCGCUGACAGUCACCGAAAUCAAGGACGGAUUCAACAUGAGAAAGAUUUGCGCAGGGCGGGACUGGUUCGUUCAGCCUUGUUCCGCAACUGUCGGAUUUGGAGUUGAGGAGGCCUUCAGGCGAGUGGCACAGAUGGUCAGACUCCCGUCAGAGCCUGGAGCAGUGAAGGACAAUAUCAAGGAGACAGUGCACCACAUCAGAAAGACCAAACAUUAAAAUGUAUUCAAAAGAAAUAUUUUAACUUUCAAGCCAUUGGCAAUAUGAUGAAGGAAUUUUGAAACAUGUUUGUUCAAACUAUUCAAAGAGAUCCAACUUUUUGGAUAAAUUUAGUGAUUCUUGUAAGCACAUAUUGUAGCUGAAGCUAUUAUUAGUGAUGGAUAAAGAUGCAAGUGUGCUUCAAAACCAUCGUUUCCUGUGUGGUAACUUUACUGGUGUGCAUAAUCAUAAUCAUACCUUCUUUUCGUUAUAAAACUGAAUUAUAUCAUAUGACAAUUACGACUCUAGGGUUCAUAGAUGAAUCUCACAGUAUCAGAGAGAUGAGCAAUAAAACGUCAGCGAUCUUUGGUUGUAAACAAGUUGUAAAUGUUGAUAAUCUUUUAAUAAAUGCGCAUUUACUUGUA